AUGGACAAAUAUGACUGGCGCGCAAACAUAAAAAUGAACAUUUUGGUGUUGCGAUUUCUGGGGCUGUGGCCCAAAGGAGACGGCACUUAUCAUGGAUUUUACAUUUUCCAUGUCACAUUCAUGAUGACCACCUUUCUAAUGGGUCAUCUGUUUUUCCAAGCCGCGAAUAUUUAUUUUAUUCGUACAAAUCUUGAAGCCGUCACUGGAACUAUUUAUGUACUUCUUGUGGAAUCGCUUGUGGUGUUUAAAGUUUAUCAUCUCAUAAAAAAUAUGGGAAUGUUCAAGCAACUGUUAAGAAUUUUGGAUACCGAAAUGUUCCAACCGAAGAACAAUACUCAAAUUUUGGCUAUUAACGAAACGGUUCGUGUUUGGAAAACAAUUUACAAGUCGUUUCUUUACACCUGUUUUGGCACAAACAUGUUUUGGGCGAUUUAUCCGCUUUUGGAUAAAUCUGAAGGAGAGAGACGACUUCCCUUUCUUGCUUGGUAUCCUUACAACACGAAAAUAACGCCUUUGUAUGAAAUUACCUACGUUUAUCAAAUUGUUAGUGUCAGUUUUAUCACAACUGUUCAUGUAAAUGUGGACGUUUUGGUGGCUGCGUUAAAUGUUUUUAAUGGAACUCAAUUUGACAUUCUUUGCGAUAAUUUGAUAAAUCUGCACAAUCUCGACAAAAAUGGUACGCUAGGUGUUAGGGAAAAUUUAAUCACUUGCAUCAAGCAUCAUAAAGAAAUUCUAAAAUUUGCAGAGAGGUGCAAUAAUUUUUUGAACUGGAUUUUGCUAGUACAGUUUUUUAUUUUUGCUGUAUCCAUUGGGAUCACGAUGUUUCAGUUAACUUUAGUAAUUCCUUUUUCCACUGAAUUCUAUUCGCUUUUGACUUACGGGAUGGCAAUAAUUUUGCAAAUAUACAUGUACUGUUGGUUCGGAAAUGAAGUACAAGUAAAAAGCAACAAGAUUCCUUACGCCGCUUUUCAAUGUAAUUGGGUAGAUUUUUCGCCUGAAGUCAAGAAAAAUUUGAUUUUCUUCAUAAUGAGGGCACAGAAACCAGUUAAACUGUCAGCUCUGAAUUUGUUCUACCUUACAUUGGAUACUUUCAUGAUGAUUUUGAAAACUUCGUGGUCUUACUUUGCGCUUCUGCACCAAGUGAGUUCUAGAAAAUAACCAUCUCACAACACUGCAAUUGCAACAAAAAUAAAAAAUUACAACGUGUCUAUGUAGUUUAUCGAAGAAUAAAUUUACUUUGUGCUAAGGAGAGCAUUUUAAAAUUAUGUAAAUAAAUACAAAU